UCAACAGCUCAGAUCACUAUUCAUAUCACCAUGGACCACCAUGCCAAAAAUCGCUUCUGGCGGUGGUAACCACCAGAAAUAGAAAUCAAACACAUUGCUAAAACUGUCUCAGUUUCCUCUACAUGAAUAUCCUAUUGAUUUUUCUAGAUUCUAACCCUAGCUCACUAACCGCAUAGCUCCCUCAAGAAUCCUAAAAUGUAAAUCCAAAUUAAAAACUAGAGGUGAAUGAACCGGAGUCCAAACUUUAGGGGUUUGGCACCCUGAUGGUUGAACUACAUUAUUGUAACGUGAAUCAAAGAAGAAGAGCAAAAAGCUUACAUGUCGGAGAAACUCUGGCGGUUCUUCAUGCGUCAGCGAGGAAAAAAAAGUCCAGUAGUCUUCUUCCUCUCUCGAGCGAAAGGUUGAAGGUGUGGAAUGGAGGAGGCUCGAAGGUGAUGUCGAAGAUGGAGAAUGAGUAGAAGCUCGGGCAUGAGACUUUGAAGCUGAUGACGGACGAAUUCUGGGAAGUGGUUACAAUGCUUGUACUACUUGCUACACUCAUGCCCUGACCUGCAGGAUGACUGUUGUUGAUGCAAGGUGAAUGUUUGCUCGUGGUCUGCAAUGUAAUGGUUUGCUCUACUGAUACGCUCAUGUGGAUUACUGCUAUGUAUGCUUUAUCAGAAUGACAGAUAAAGAGGAGUAGCUAUUGUUGAGGUUCGAAGAAUAAGUGUAGGGUCAUUCUACAGAGUCGAGUCAAAUGCUCUGGUCAUGUGACACCGGGGAUUAUGGGAUCCGAUAGCUAUAUUAUUGUUAUUUACGUUGUUUGUGAUGAAUGAUUUGUUGAGAUGUUUUGUUGAGAUCAUGUUGGCACAUUAUGAUAAUAAUUAUGUUGUUGUCCGCUGUGAAGAUUUAAUAAAUUAAAUAAUAUGUUUUAUGUUGUGAUGCGAUAGAUGAUAUGUUGUAUGAAAUGUAAACUCUUCUACAUGUUGUACUCUGAUAUUAUAUAUAAAUAUGUCGUUUGGGUAGAAGGGUGUUACAUUAGUGGUAUCAGAGCAUGGUCAGUCCAGUCGAGUCAUAAUGUGAUGUUUCCCUGUUGGUCGAUUAGUGUAGAUGACACUGUCGAUAUUUAACGGUUGUAGUUGUGUUGUGCAGAGUAUGGCUGGAGAGAAUGACCGUGCGAUUGCUGAGGCUUUGACUGCUAUGGCGCAGGCUAUGCAGGCGCAGCAGAAUCCGCCGGUCGACGAGUUUAGGAAUUUGGGAAGGUUUCUGAAGAAUAACCCUCCUACAUUCAAAGGACGCUAUGAUCCAGAUGGUGCUCAGAUUUGGCUGAAGGAAAUUGAGAAGAUUUUCCGAGUGAUGACGUGUACCGAAGCACAGAAGGUGCAGUUUGGUACGCAUAUGUUAUCUGAAGAGGCUGAAAACUGGUGGGAUAACACUCGCCAGAGAAUUGAAGUACCAGGUACGGAGAUGACCUGGGUAAGGUUCAAGACGGCCUUUCUGGAGAAAUAUUUUCCUGCUGAUGUGCGAUGUAAGAAGGAGAUGGAAUUUCUAGGACUGAAGCAAGGUAACAUGUCUGUUGCUGAUUACGCUUCGAAGUUUGAGGAGCUGGUGCAGUAUUGUCCUCAUUAUAAUAAUGCUGAUGCUGAGGAAUCCAAGUGUGUCAAGUUUGAGAACGGGUUGCGUCCCGAGAUCAAACAAGGCAUUGGUUACCAGGAGAUUCGUAGGUUUCCUACGCUGGUUAACAAGUGCAGGAUAUUUGAUGAAGAUAGCAAGGCUAGGACUGCUCACUACAAGAAUCUUAGUGAGAAGAAGAAUAAGGAUCGUGGUAGUCCUUAUGCAUCUCCGAAUGGUAAAGGUAAGCAGAAAGUGGUAGAUGCGAAGAAGCCAAGUGGGGGAGGAUCUUCUAUAGCUGGUAAAUGUUUCAAGUGUGGCGAGCCAGGCCACCGUGCUGAUAGCUGUACCAAGAAAGUGCUGAGAUGUUUCCGAUGCGGUCAGGCUGGUCAUAGAGUUACGGAAUGUAAGGAUGCUGGUCCGACAUGUUUUAAUUGUGGCGAGAAAGGCCAUAUCAGUUUGCAGUGCUCGAAACCGAAGAAGGCGGCUACUGCAGCUCAUACUACUGGUAGGGUGUUUGCUCUGAGUGGGACUGAAGCUCCUAAAGGAGAUAAUCUGAUUAAAGGUACUUGCUUGAUUAAUAAUGUUGAAUUGCUUGCUAUUGUUGACACUGGUGCUACGCAUUCGUUUAUUUCGUAUGAGUGUGCGACCAGGAUUGGUGUGAUUAUGUCGUCCCUAGGCGGAAGUAUGGUGAUAGAUACUCCUGCUAAUGGUUCUGUGCAGACUUCUGUUGUCUGUCGAGGGUGUCAUUUGACGAUCUUUGAGAGAGAGUUCGUGGUUGAUUUGGUGUGCUUACCCUUGCACCAAAUUGAUAUUAUUCUGGGAAUGAAUUGGCUAGAAUUCUAUGGCGUGUUUAUCAACUGCUAUAGGAAGACGGUGCGGUUUUCUGAAGUUGGUGAGAAUGAUGAGGCAAGAUUUCUAUCUGCUAGGCAGGUGGGGGAUUUUGUGAAAGAUGAAGCUCAGGUAUUCGCUUUAUUUGCGUCUCUGCAAGCGGAUAAGAAAGUAGUGAGUGUAGAUUUGCCUGUUGUCUGUGAAUUUCAGGAUGUGUUUCCGGGGGAUGUAAGUGAAUUACCGCCAGAACGUGAAGUUGAAUUUGCCAUUGACUUAGUACCAGGUACGAGUCCAGUGUCGAUGUCUCCUUAUAGAAUGUCGGCAACUGAAUUAGUUGAAUUGAAGAAGCAACUUGAAGAAUUGCUUGAGAAGAAGUUUGUGCGUCCGAGUGUUUCUCCUUGGGGUGCACCAGUAUUGUUAGUGAAGAAGAAAGAAGGUACGAUGAGGCUGUGUGUCGAUUAUCGGCAGUUGAAUAAGGUGACUAUCAAGAAUCGGUAUCCAUUGCCGAGGAUUGAUGAUUUGAUGGAUCAGUUGGUUGGAGCCCAUGUUUUCAGUAAGAUUGAUUUGCGGUCAGGUUAUCAUCAGAUCCGAGUGAAGUCAGAUGAUAUUGCGAAGACUGCUUUCCGUACGAGGUAUGGUCAUUAUGAAUACACUGUGAUGCCGUUCGGUGUGUCUAAUGCUCCAGGUGUGUUUAUGGAAUAUAUGAAUCGUAUAUUUCAUCCGUACCUUGAUAAUUUUGUUGUGGUGUUCAUAGAUGAUAUAUUGAUAUAUUCUAAGACGGAAGAAGAGCAUGCAGGACAUCUGAGAAUUGUUUUGCAGGUGUUAAGAGAAAAGAAAUUAUAUGCAAAGUUAUCUAAAUGUGAGUUCUGGUUGAAGGAAGUGAGUUUCCUUGGCCAUGUGAUUUCGAGCGGUGGGAUUUCGGUCGAUCCUGCUAAAGUUGUUGCUGUAUUACAGUGGGAGACUCCGAAGUCUGCUACCGAGAUACGCAGUUUUCUGGGGUUAGCUGGUUAUUAUCGCAGAUUUAUUGAGGGCUUCUCUAAGUUGGCAUUGCCGUUGACGCAGUUGACUAAGAAGGGUCAAGUGUAUGUGUGGGAUGCAGCUUGUGAAGCGAGUUUUGUUGAGUUGAAGAGGCGGUUGACCAGUGCUCCAGUGUUGAUCUUGCCUAAUCCUGGUGAGUCCUUCGUUGUUUAUUGUGAUGCUUCUUUGAUGGGUCUUGGUGGUGUUUUGAUGCAGAAUGGUAAAGUUGUAGCUUAUGCUUCUAGACAGUUGAAAGUUCAUGAGAGGAAUUAUCCUACGCAUGACCUAGAACUUGCAGCUGUUGUAUUUGUGUUGAAAAUGUGGAGGCAUUAUUUGUAUGGUUCCAGAUUCGAAGUGUUCAGUGAUCACAAGAGUCUGAAGUAUCUGUUUGAUCAGAAAGAGUUAAAUAUGAGGCAGAGAAGGUGGUUAGAAUUACUGAAGGAUUUUGACUUUGAAUUGAGUUAACAUCCCGGUAAGGCUAAUGUAGUUGCAGAUGCACUGAGUAGAAAGUCUCUACAUAUGUCUAUGAUGAUGGUUCGGGAGCUUGAGUUAAUUGAACAGUUCCGUGAUAUGAGUUUGGGUUGUGAAGUUUCCGCUGAUAGCGUAAAGUUGGGUAUGCUGAAGUUGACUAGUGGAAUUCUGGAAGAUAUUCGGAAUGGUCAGCAAGUUGAUGUCGCUCUAGUUGAUCAUAUUACUAUGGUUAACCAGGGUAACGGUGGUAAUUUUGAGAUCGAUGAGAAUGGCAUCCUGCGAUUUAAAGGUAGAGUUUGUGUUCCUGAGGUGUCGGAAUUGAAAAAGAGUAUUCUUGAAGAGGGCCAUAGGAGUGGAUUGAGUAUCCAUCCAGGUGCAACUAAAAUGUAUCAAGAUUUGAAGAAAUUGU